CCAUGUGCGCAGGGAGGACGCGUGAAUAAACAAGUAUGUGUGUGGAAAGUGCGGCUGUAGGCGGGAUGACCAAGAUGGCGUGUGUGCUGGAGCCUCCGCUCCGGAUGAGCGUGCUGUCUGAGGUUACAGCUAGCAGUCGGCAUUAUGUGGAUAGACUUUUUGAUCCGGAUCCACAGAAAGUUCUACAGGGAGUUGUAGAUAUGAAAAAUGCAGUUAUUGGAAACAACAAGCAAAAAGCCAACUUGAUAGUUUUGGGUGCAGUGCCAAGACUAUUAUAUUUACUCCAGCAAGAGACGUCAAGCAUAGAAUUGAAGACGGAAUGCGCUGUGGUCCUGGGCAGCUUGUCUAUGGGCACCGAAAAUAACGUGAAAUCCCUUCUAGACUGCCACAUAAUCCCAGCCCUGCUGCAAGGCUUAUUGUCAGCAGACAUCCGAUUCAUUGAAGCUUGUCUGCGAUGUCUCCGUACAAUUUUCACCAGCCCUGUCACUCCAGUGGAACUUUUGUAUACUGACGCCACUGUAAUCCCGCACCUUAUGUUGUUGCUCAGCAGAUCUCUGCACUCACAGGAAUACAUCUGCCAGAUCUUCGCUCACUGUUGUAAAGCCCCAGAUCAUCAAACAAUUUUGUUUAAUCAUGGUGUGGUCCAAAAUAUUGCACAUCUUCUUACAUCUGUGUCAUAUAAAGUACGCAUGCAAGCAUUAAAGUGUUUUUCAGUUUUAGCAUUUGACAAUCCCCAGGUAUCAAUGACCCUUGUAAAUGUAUUGGUUGAUGGGGAAUUGUUACCACAGAUUUUUGUGAAGAUGUUACAGCGUGACAAACCUAUUGAGAUGCAACUGACAGCAGCAAAAUGCUUAACCUACAUGUGUAGAGCAGGCUCUAUAAGAACAGAUGACAACUGCAUUGUGUUAAAAACCCUUCCCUGUUUGGUACGAAUGUGCAACAAAGAACGCCUUCUGGAGGAGAGAGUGGAAGGGGCAGAAACUCUAGCUUAUCUUAUUGAACCUGAUGUGGAACUGCAACGAAUUGCAAGCAUUACAGACCAUCUAAUCGCCAUGCUGGCUGACUACUUCAAGUACCCCAGCUCAGUUAGUGCCAUCACUGAUAUAAAGAGGCACCAUGAAACAGAGCAAUCUGAUACUGAGGACGCAGACUCCAGAGGGGCUAUAGAUGAGUCCCAGUGCACUGCAGCCUUUCUAACCUUUCCACUGUCACAAAUGACCCAGCAAACACAACUUGUCUCACCACCGACCUCAGAAGAAAAGCUUGACCAUGACUUAAAACAUGCCCACGAGCUGCGCCAGGCGGCCUUCAAGCUAUAUGCAUCCCUGGGAGCCAAUGAUGAAGACAUCCGGAAGAAGAUCAUUGAGGCUGAGCAUAUGAUGGACCGGAUUGUGAAUGGCUUGUCUGAGACUAGUGUCAAGGUGCGACUAGCUGCAGUCAGAUGUUUACACAGUUUAUCCAGAUCAGUCCAACAGCUCCGUACCAGUUUUCAAGAUCAUGCCGUGUGGAAGCCCUUAAUGAAGGUCUUACAGAAUGCCCCUGAUGAUAUUCUGGUAGUGGCUUCAUCGACAUUAUGUAACCUUCUUCUUGAGUUCUCGCCUAGUAAAGAGCCAAUUCUGGAAUCUGGAGCCAUAGAGCUGCUGUGUAGUCUGACAGUUAGUGAGAAUCCGGCUCUGCGGGUCAAUGGUAUAUGGGCUUUGAUGAACAUGGCAUUUCAAGCUGAUCAGAAGAUAAAAUCAGACAUUUUAAGAGGUUUGAGUACUGAACAAUUGUUUCGACUACUCUCCGAUUCGGAUGUUAACGUGUUAAUGAAGACAUUAGGACUUCUCAGAAACUUGUUGUCUACGCGGCCACACAUAGACCAGAUAAUGAGCACACAUGGGAAGCAGAUAAUGCAAGCAGUGACCUUCAUUCUUGAAGGGGAGCAUAACAUUGAGGUCAAGGAACAGACAUUAUGUAUUCUUGCAAACAUAGCAGACGGGACAACAGCCAAAGACCUCAUUAUGACGAACGAUGACAUCCUGCAGAAAAUCAAGUAUUACGUGGGUCAUUCCAACCUGAAGCUCCAGCUGGCUGCUAUGUUCUGCAUAGCAAACCUCACAUGGAAUGAAGAGGAAGGUUCGCAAGAACGACAAGACAAGCUUCGUGAAAUUGGUAUUGUUGACAUCCUUCACAAGCUAAGUCAGUCAACAGAUCCAAACCUUUGUGACAAGGCAAAAACGGCACUACAGCAAUACUUUGCAUGAUCUUGGAAAAGAAUCUCCAUUCAAAUUUUUUUUUAUUUUUUAUUUUUUUUUACUUUGCCUCCUUUUCACUUCUUCACCUUUGGAUGAGCAAGAAACUAGUCAGUCUCUCUAUAGUGCACACAGUCACCUUGGACUGCUCUAUGCAGCAUGUAAAGCGAAAAUGAGCUGCCUCAGCAGAAUGGACUACUUUAUAUGUAACCACCCUGCCCUUAACGGGUUAUUAGUAUUAAUUUCGGUUUUUGUUCUUUCACAUUUUGGACUUUUCUGAGCUACUUUGGAUUUUUAAUGCUGUUGCUGCAAUCUCUUUGUGUGCGUGGCUAAAUACCUCAACCCCUUAAUUUCCUUCCUCUACUUGCACACCUCUUGAGACCGAACACACAAGAACAUGGACCCUCCCGUCAUGUUUGUUUGCCACGUUAAUUUACCAGGGCAAAGAAUUUGCUGUACAAAAAAAAAAAAAGAAAAAAAACUUAAGUUCUAUACAGUUUGUAAAAUGUUAUUUAAUAAAAAAAUAUGUAAAAAUAUAAAUAUAUAUAAAUAUAUACAUGCACAGAUGUGCAGGACAAUAAGUGCCCCUAAAGUUUAUGUUAAAUUUUUGAGCGUACAGAUAUUUGUAAGUAAACUAUAUGCAUUUCUGAAGUGAGUCUUUGUAUAUA